CCCUCCCUCUCUCCCGUACACACACCGUGCUAAAAUGCAGGUCGGACGUAAAUCGUGUUGGAGGCAAUUGCAGGCUUCUUUUUUUAGACUCUUGUGUCUUAUCCCUACAGGAUUCCCCGUCCGAAGUGUGGAUAUGCAACGCGCAACCGACAACAUCACCAUCCGACAGGGUGACACAGCGGUGAUCAGGUGCUACGUGGAUGACAAAGUGUCUAAGGUGGCCUGGCUCAAUCGAUCCAACAUCAUCUUUGCUGGAGGAGACAAGUGGUCCCUGGAUCCCAGAGUAGACCUGGUCACUAAAGGACAGCUGGAGUACAGCCUGCGUAUACAGAAGGUGGAUGUAUAUGAUGAAGGCUCCUACACCUGCUCCAUACAGACGAAGCAACAGUCAAAGACUUCACAGGUCUACCUCAUUAUACAAGUCCCAGCAAACAUCUACAAAGUGUCAGAAGACAUCACGGUGAACGAAGGCAGUAAUGUAACACUCAGUUGUUUGGCCAAUGGCAGACCAGAUCCCGCCAUCACCUGGCGGCUCCUUAACCCUUCAGCAGAGCCAUUGGAUGGAGAAGAGUACCUGGACAUAACUGGCAUCAUGCGCAACCAAGCGGGACGCUAUGAAUGCAAAGCCAGUAACGACGUCGCAACACCUGACGUCAAAUAUGUCAAUGUUGUUGUCAACUACCCACCGACCAUAAAGAAAACCCAGAGCUCAGAGACCCAGGUGGGCCAUACAGGGAUGCUGCAGUGUGAUGCCACCGCCGUGCCCACCCCAGAGUUUGAGUGGUACAGAGACGACAAGAGGCUAUCUAAUGCCCAGGGCAUCAAUAUCCAGAUCCAUGGCACCACCGCUAUCCUCAUGAUUGCCAAUGUCACCGAAGAGGAUUAUGGGAAUUACACCUGUGUGGCCUCUAAUAGACUUGGCAUCCAGAAUGCCAGUCUUUUCCUCUAUAGACCUGGGACAGGUCGAGAUAUCAACGGCUCUGCUUCUGUAUCUCAAUCACUGUGGCUCCUGCUGGCCUGCUUUGCCUGCCUUUUCUUCAAGUGUUAAUACCACUCUGUCUUGCCCUAAUUUGGCCUCCUUCCUUGUGUCCCCCCCCCCAUUCUUAUUUUUACCUUACAACCAACUGUACCACCCCCAGACUGUUUGCGUUAUGUUACGACAAAAACUAACGUAAUCAGCACCGCUUAGAUUUUAAGACAAGUCAUUGGAUUAAAAAAAAAGUGAUUAUAAGGUUCAGUAACAGAAAAAUAAUGAAAUGAAGGACAUAACAAACAAACAGCUCUUUUUAAAGAAUGGUAUUGUUAUUUUGAUUUCAUAUGUAUUUCUUUGUUUUCGCUAAAUUGUGUCUUUAAAGGGUUUUGGGGUUUGGAUCAGGUGUGGGGUUUUUGUGUGACAAUAGAGACGUCAACAAUCAUGUGUGUCGACAAACACUAAAGACACAGGGUUUCCUCUUUCUCCCAUAGUUGUAUUAUUCAAAUUUAAAUUGUAUUGUUAGAUUUAACCAACAUUUAACCAGUGCAUUAAUGAGCAACAAGCAAAGUAUCUGCCAAAUAUCACUGAAACGCAUAGAAGGGGCGCUAGCAGACACAGAUUUCAGAGGGAUCUCAGAUUAGCACAGGAUGAACUUUGCAGUGUCUGCACCGCCAGGAUACCUGAUGCCGCCAUAUUUAAACACACACCUUGCCCCAUCGGACACAUCUGUCACCUAAUUUGCUGCUGCGUAGUCGGUAAAACAGAAACGGUUUUAGUUCAGCUAGUGAACACAAAGCGUCAGAGGUAAACUCAUCCACCGCUUGGUAUCUUUAGCGUCCUCUUUCAGCCGCCCGGCUGCUGCUCACCUUUACUGCGAAAGAGGAAAAAAAAAGAAACCCCCUUUUCCUGUCGAGCAGCACUCUCAAUUAGCGAGACACAGUAGGUGAUACUGAUAGGAAGUGUACAUAGUCAAAUUUUUUACUCCUCUGUGAUACGAAAACACGUUCUGCCACCGCAACUAAAGGAGAUUACCAGUGCUAGUACGGUGUUUGUUGCUUGUAUGAGGCCCCUCCCCAUGUCCGAGGAAAGCUGAGCCUCGUUUAGCCACAUGUGAUACUGCAUCUGCUUCAGCUGAUGAGUUUAAGGUACCAACUACACACCGUCAUUAUUCCAUACUGCUGGAAUUUAGAUCAAAAUGUAUGACACCAAUGAAUGACUUGCUUUUUUCGCUUUCAAAAAAAGUAUGUGUGUUUUCAUAUGAAAUUAUAAAGGAUAU